AUUGCAUGCUGCUCGUACGACAGUCUCUCUCUCUCUGUGUCUCCAAUCCUCGAAUAUUGUGCAGCAGAUGACGACUUUAGAAAGGGGCCCUUCUGAGGUUGACUGCACAUGGGAAGCAAAUUUAGUUGAAGAGCUGGACACGUUGACACAAACAAGUAAAACAAAGUUUCAGGAGUUUGCAGACGAGAUCAACCAAAGAGCAAAGGCACUAGUGGCUGCAGAAGCAAAUAAGCUACAUGAUGAAAAGGAACGUCAACUUAGAGAGAUAGAGGAAAAGAAACAGAAGGUAGGGGCUGACUUGCAAAUAGAACGACAACAAUGGGAAGAUGAAAAGAAAUCUAUGGAGCACAUUCAAAAAUUCCAGUCUAGUUUAGUCAAAUUGAAUGUGGGAGGCCACAAGUUCACGACAUCUCUCACAACACUGAGGAGUCAACCAGACUCUAUGCUAGCAGCUAUGUUCAGUGGACGUCAUCAACUCUCGACUGAUGAAGAUGGAGCUUACUUUAUUGAUAGAGAUGGUACACAUUACAGGCAUAUUCUCAAUUACUUGAGAGAUGAUACCAAUCUUGAGGAGACUCUUCCACAAAAAAAGAGAGAGCAAAUUGAGCUUCUUAAAGAGGCUCAGUACUGCCAACUGAAUAAACUUGAAACCAAAAUUAAGAUAAUGAUGUUGCCACGUGUUACUCAAGAGCAGUUGAAUACCUGUUUUUCAAACAGCAAGGCUUUCUUCACAUCUGACAGUGGAAUCCAAAGACAAACAGCAAGACAAGUCUAUCAGUCAAUGUCACAUGACGAGCAUAAUUUGUCUGAUUUGAACUUUUCAAACUCGUUCUUUAGUUGUACUGGAAUUUCCUUCAAAAAAUCAUGUUUGCAACAAGCUAACUUCUCUGAGUGUUUAUUUCAGUCUCGUUACACAGUUGACUUUUUGGAUGCUGAUCUAUCAGGAGCUGACUUUCGACGUUGCGGAGGUCUCACCACAGGAGGAGUCAAUUUCAAAGGAGCCAUACUGGAUAAUGCAAAGUUUGAUGAUGGUGUGGAACAAAAACUGCUUGCAAAACUAAAACUACAAUCUAAAGACAAAUGAUGCAUUUGUAUGUUCCUUAGCAGCUUCUUGAUCAACUUAAUGUGACAACUCUUAUUGUAUAUUCUGUUGUUAUUGACUGGUGUAGCCAAGUAAAAAUGUUGUUGCUACAAGUGCACUUUUAUCUAAACCAUUGCUGUCUCAGG